AUGAAGCUCAGCAUCUCUUUCCCAGCCAUUGGCUGCCAGAAUCUUAUUGAAGUAGACGAUGAGCACAAGCUGAGAACAUUCUAUGAGAAGCGAAUGGCCACAGGGGUUGUGGCUAAUUCUCUUGGUGAGGAGUGGAAGGGCUAUGUUGUCCAGAUCAGCAGUGGCAAUGACAAACAAGGCUUCCGUAUGAAGCAAGGUGUCCUUACUCAUGGAUGUGUCCACCUUCUGCUCAGCAAGGGCCACUCCUGCUACUGCCCCAGGAGAACUACAGGGAGAAAACGCAAAUCUGUUCGGGGUUGCAUUGUCGACACCAACUUGAGAGUUCUGAACUUGGUCAUUGUGAAAAAGGGUGAAAAGAAUAUUCCAGGACUGAUAGACACAACUGUGCCUCAUCGUCUUGGUCCCAAGAGAGCUAGCAGGAUCCGCAAGCUCUUCAAUCUCUCUAAGGAAGAUGAUGUGUGCCAGUAUGUUGUGAGGAAAUUUCUGAAUAAAGAAGGCAAAAAAAACAGGACCAAGGCUCCUAAGAUCCAGCAACUAGUGACUCCUCGAGUUCUGCAACAUCGCUGCAGACGUAUUGCCCUGAAGAAGCAGCGAACUCAGAAGAACAAGGAGAAGGCAGCAGAUUAUACUAAGCUCUUGGAGAAGAGGAUGAAGGAGGCAGAGGAAAAACGCCAGGAGCAGAUUGCUAAGAGAUGCCAGCUUUCUUCAUUGAGAGCUUCUACAUCUAAAUCUGAGUCAAGUUAGAAGUAAA